AACACGACAGUCACGCAACCGGCGACGACUCGCGAACUCUUCUUGUUUGUCGCUGCACAGCAGUACACAGACCGCUGCUGCUCGCUCGAAUCGAAAACUGGUUCCGUGGUGUCCGUGGCGUACGUUUUGCGCUUCCACACCGUUUCCGAAUCAAAACCCGGCGUUCUGCAUCGAUCUCACCGUCUUCAGCUUGUACUCGGAAACGUGGCAACAAAUACACCGAUUUCUCCCGGGUCGUCGUAUCGAGAAGUGCGGUGGUGCUAGCUAGUUUGUGGCUGCCAAGUGUCCGAUUUUGGCAAUUGCGUGUGUAGGCGGCGGCGGACCAAAUCUCGACUCACGUUCCGUGGACGGAAAAGUGCAUCCGAACAGUAAAGCCGAAGGCAGAAAGCGAAGAUGGGGCUGAAGGAAUGUACGAUCGAGUUGGAUAAUCCGUACAAUACGUAUUAUGCCGGCCAGACGGUGAAUGGUCGUGUGACGUUUACGUUCGAUUCGGCGAAGAAAAUACGGGGCAUUGUAAUCAAGUUUGCCGGUGAAGCCGAAACCAAGUGGAGCGAAACGGAAACGAAGACCGACCAAAACGGCAAACAGUACGAAUCGACCACGAAUCUAACCGGCCAGGAGGAAUACUUCCAGAUACAGUACUACCUGCUCGGUGGUAAGAAUGCGGCCGAAACGGAACUGCCCGCCGGACAGCACUGCUACCCUUUCACCUGUGCCCUGCCGCCCACGCUACCGUCCUCGUUCGAAGGCGAGUGGGGCUUUGUGCGGUACACGGUCAAGGUGACGCUCGAUCGGCCGUGGAAGUUCGAUCAGGACAUCAAGAUGGCAUUCACCGUUAUUUCGCCCGUCGAUCUAAACUUGAACCCACGCGUCAAGGACCCGUUUAAGCUGGAGCUGGAGAAAACGUUCUGCUGCUUCUGUUGCGCAUCCGGUCCGUUGAACGUGAUCGUGCACGUACCCGUAACCGGGUUCGUUUCGGGCCAGUCCGUCCCGGUGACGGUCGAGUGCGACAACGCCAGCAAUGUGGGCGUGAACAAGAUCACGAUCAAUCUGCGCAAGCUGCUUGCGUUCCACGUGCACACGCCGAGGCGCGAGACGAAGCGCAAGAAGGAGUAUGUGACCAGCAUUUCGAUGGGUCCGGUCGAGGCGGGCAACAGCCAAACGUGGCAGCAGUUCCUGCAGAUACCGCCCCUGCCACCGUCCAACCUCGUAAACUGUGGCAUCAUUGAUGUGGAUUACGAUAUUAAGGUGGCGGCCGAAGUGUCCGGCAUGCAUUCCAACCUGGACGGCAACAUACCGAUCGUGCUCGGUACGGUACCGCUCGAAUCGUUUCAGCCACCGCCACCGUACACGGACAACCCGGCAAUCCAGGCGGGUGGCGAUAUUAUCGCGACCGAGACGGAUCCUUCCAUGCUGCCGACGCAACCGGUCAGCCCGGCCAGCCCACCCAGUAAUGGGGCGGGCGGUGCGCUCGGAUGGAACGUCGGUGAUAACAAAGCUUAUCCGAAUAUACCUCCACCGACGUUCGCCGAAACGGCAUACAAGGCACCGACUAUUUCCGGCAAAAAUGAUUCCGAGUUUACGCGCAUCGUUGGCGGUGCGGAAUAUGCUCCCCGGUAUCCGACGUACGCGUUCACGCCAUCUGCACCGCCGCCACCACCCACCUAUUGAUAAGGUAUCCGUUCAAGAAUCCUUUCUCCUUAACCUUAACCUUUCUCGAUUCUCGAAUAGUCCGCUUACAUCCUCCCAAACACUUGCAUAGACGAGGUGUUAGUCAUGGAACAUUUUUCACCGACGGCGUCUGAGUUUACUGAAACUUGAAACAAUUCUCUAUACAGAACAGAAAGAGGCGGGCAAGGAAUUUAACGAAUAAUGUCACAGACGCACAAGAAAGCGUCAUUUUAUGCUAUCAUCUUCAUCUUGCGUUUCGCUUCUUUGUUAGACUGUCGUCUUAUAGUCAAUUGUAGCCACAACCAUAAGCGACACUAUAUAACUAUCUGAAACUACGGCUAGCGAGCCGUAGACUAUAAAACAGUGCGUUAGCACUUUCUAGCUUGGUGCAUAAGCUUUUGCACCUCUUUCUAUCUUAAGUCGGUGCAAUCCAAUCAUCGUUCGUUUCGUUUGAUUUUGUAUAGUAUUCUGCGCAACAGCAACAGAAAAGCACGCAUGCCUAUUUUAAAUGGAAAAUCACAUCACAUAAACUGGUGCUGCUUAGCAGCUCCGCUAGUCCCAUUUCUUUAGAGCGUUCAACGUUCUCAACAACGGUGUACAUUGUAAAAGUUUCCAUCCGACACACACACACACAAACGUAGAAUGUAUUAGAAUGAAGUUGCCAAAAUACGAACGAGUCCUUUCACUAUGUAUUGUCCCACAUGUAUGAUCUGUCAGUAUACAAUGCUGACUACUUACUGAUAUUGUAACAGAAACGAAAGAGAUAGAAAAAAGAAACAAAACCGUACGCAGCAGCAGCAACAGUGCCUACAAGUUUUAUAUUAGCUCUACGUGUGAUUUGUACGCACAGGGAAAAGGACAAGGGGAGAGAAGCGAUAACAAAUAACCUCAAAUGUAAACGUACAGGACUGCAGAGAGCACACAGGAGGUCUCUUCUGACGGGCGAGGAUGGCCGUCUAGAUGCACUCGAAUAUAUAUAUACCAGACACAAUACACCUAUUACUACAAACCGGUCUCCGGAAGACCGAUAUUUGAGACGAGGUUAGUUUCGUGUGACUUGUUUUGUGACAGUGGCAUUAUUAUCUUCCACCUAUAUAAAGCUACAUUUAAUGCGCCAACAGUUAGUCUUCAAAUAAUGCAAAGCAUUAAACCCCUUUUCAACCACUAGCUUUCUACCAAUCACACUCUAAAAGCUUGUCGAGGUUUAUAAACAAAAUUUGUGCUGCGUUCGAAGUUUCAAACACAACUACUACUACUACUACCAGUACUACACACAUUCAUAUUUGAAUUAAAUAAAAUUUUACGGGUGCACACAAAACUAGAAUGGUUUGUGCGUUGCGCGAUAAGUGAGUGUCGCAUUUUGCACGAGACUUUUGGAGAAAUAGGAAGCAAAACAAAAGCUGGUGACUUACUACGGCUGCAAAUAUAAUGCUCAUCCUUUGCGCCCUUAUUCAAACGAACAAACACACUCUAUAAUGUAACGAUGUAUCCAGUGUAAUAAAGUGAUGCAAAAUGUGUGAAUGUACCACUACUUUGAA